GAAAAAAUGAGGUGAAAAGUUCGCGCUUCAUCUCCUCCGCGCUCCGUUACGCGCCUCCCCACCGGAUUCCUCCCUCCCUCUCUCUCUCUCUUUCUCUCGAGCGUCAAUGGCGUAAACCCUAGAAAUCGGGCGAUCCCCCGCCUCGCUUCACCCCGCUCCCGCGCAGUUCCCCGAUCGCCAGCAAGCAACCAAGCAACCGAGCAGGAGCUCACUCCGGCGGCACCUCGUUAUUCAACUUAAGUUCAUGUGAUGGACUUGUCAGAUGCAGUUAUAAUUAAUUCUAGCAGAUUAAAAUCAGUUGUCUGGAACGACUUUGAUAGAGUUAAGAAAGGUGAUCUCUGCGUGGCUAUAUGUAGGCACUGUAAAAAGAAACUGAGUGGCUCAAGUACUAGUGGUACUUCUCAUUUGAGAAAUCAUUUGAUCAGGUGUCAGAGAAGAUCUAAUCAUGAUAUUACUCAACUCAUUCCGGCAAGGGAAAGGAAAAGGGAGCGACCCCUUGCUAUUGCAAAUUUCAGUUUUAAUCAAGAGCAGAAAAAGGAUGAAGGGCUAAAUCUUGUGAAUAUCAAAUUUGAUUCCGACCAGGUGAAAGAUGAUAAUGCAAAUGCUGUGACUGUGGGUAGUAACUACGAUCAAAGGAGAAGCCAGUUUGAUCUUGCGCGUAUGAUCAUUAUACAUGGCUAUCCUCUGAAUAUGGUUGAGCAUGUGGGGUUCAAGGUGUUUGUCAAGAAUUUGCAGCCUCUUUUUGAGCUUGUGACAACAAAUAAAAUAGAGGCUGACUGCUUGGAAAUCUACGAAAAAGAGAAGCAAAAGGUUUUCGAGGUCUUGGAUAAAUUGCCUGGUAGAAUUAGCCUCAGUAUAGAUGCUUGGGCUGGUUCUGGUGAUGUUCAAUACUUCUGUUUGGCUGCUUAUUUCAUUGAUGAAUCUUGGCAGCUGAAGAAGAAGAUACUGAAUUUUGUGUCAGUGGACUCUUCUCACACGGAUGACAUGCAAGCAGAUGUCAUCAUGACUUGUCUCAUGGACUGGGACAUUGACCGUAAAUUGUUUUCCAUGACUUUUGAUGGUUCUUCUUCGGACUUCUUUGUUCUCAGAAUCAGAGAUCGUCUAUCACAGAACAGGUUUCUUUAUGGUAGUGGCCAACUUUUUGAAGUGCGAUGCGUCGCUACUGUUCUCAAUCAGAUGGUUCAGGAUAACUUGGAAGCGCUAGGGGAGGUAAUUUACAAAAUUAGGGAAAGUAUUCGGUACGUCAAAAGUUCACAAGCGAUGUUAGAGAAGCUCAACAAGCUGGCCCAACAAGAAAGUAUCGAGACUGAAAAGUGCUUAUCUCUUGAUAACAGCUUCAGAUGGGACUCGACUUACAGGAUGCUUGAGGUUGCCUUGGAGUACAAGACCGCAUUUUCUCUUCUGAGGGAACUGGACCCGCUUUUCACAGUUUGUCCUUCUGAUGUGGAGUGGGAGAGAGCCAGCGCCAUUACCGGUUACUUGAAUGUCUUUCUGGAGGUCAUGAAUGAUUUCUCCCGAAGCAGAUACCCGACUGCAAAUAUAUACUUCCCUCUGAUAUGCGAUAUUCAUUUGAAGUUGAUAGGGUGGUGUAAGAGUUCAGAUGAUUACAUCAGUUCUCUGGCCUUGAAGAUGAGAAGCAGAUUCGACGAGUACUGGGAUAAAUGUAGUUUGGGACUAGCUGUUGCAGCCUUUUUGGACCCUCGAUUUAAGAUGAAGUUGGUAGAGUAUUACUUCCCCCAAAUUUAUGGUAGUACUUCCCUCGAACGCAUUGAUGAGAUAUCCAGCCGAAUCAAGGCGCUUUACAAUGAACACUCCAUUGGAUCUCCAUUAUCAACUCUUCAUCAUGGUCAGGCAUGGCAAGUUGGUGGCAGUACCGGGAGCUUGUCGGGUCCUGGGAACGACGCGAAGGAUAGGCUGGUCGGGUUCGAUAAGUUCCUCAAUGAAACUUCUCAGAGUGAUGGCACGAAAUCAGAUUUGGACAAGUACUUGGAGGAGCCUCUCUUUCCUCGGAACGUCGAUUUCAACGUGUUGAACUGGUGGAAAGUUCACACCCCGAGGUAUCCCAUAUUGUCUAUGAUGGCACGAAAUGUGCUUGGCACUCCGAUGUCGAAAGUUCACUCGGAGUCGGUGUUCAACAUGGGUGGCAGGGUGCUCGAGCGGGACCGCAGUUCUCUCAGCUCAGCGACCUUGCAAGCACUGAUGUGUUCCCAAGAUUGGAUAAAAAGUGAACUAGAGAGUUGAUAACAAUUAAAGGCUCGUACUUCAUUGGGCUGGGCUUGGCUUUAUUCUUUCUCUGAAACCACAGCUUGCUCGAGCAAUCAAUUGCAUGCGCUAAAAUCAAAUUCUUGGCCAAUGAAAUUUGCUUGGAGCAUAUUCGAUCGGUCAAAUCCGUGGAUCAGCUGCCGCUUUGAGAGAACAUCUGGAGAGAUUAUGCUCACCCUUUUGUUAAUACUUCUGGGCUAAACAAGAUUAUGGUUCUCUUUGCUUGGACAACUAUGGCAAAGAUCUAGUUAGCGAACAGAGACAGGAUCAUCGAAUACGAGCUGUGGCAUGGUACGUUGGAAUUGGCUUUAGUCAAGUUUGGACGUCAAGAAUUGACUAAGUUGUGACUUCUAUACCAAAGAAGACAUCGAACUUAGACGAGGUGAAAAUCAUACGUGAUUCUACGUGACAACAUUCGCACGUUUCCGCAUUGAAAUAAACUCGUAGUGCAGGAGAGAAAUGCCCGGGUCCUCUUUUCUUCUUGUUGUCCAUUUCGACUUAAAUAAAGUGAUGGUGACGGGGGUUGAUCGAGCAUUUAUGGAAUUAGGUUUGUGCAUUCAAUUCGGCAUCUUUCGCCAUCAUUCGUGACACGAGUCCACCUUGGGUAGCAUCCUUGGUCCCCACCCCCAAAGAGAAUGUUGUUAUAAUUAUUUAUUAAUGUUAUAAAUAUUAGGUUUACAAAAGCUGAA